GUGGACAAGAAGAAAGAAACAGUUACAAUCUAAAUCCAAGACUCAGAUCCUCAUGACCAAUCUAAAGCAGAACCAAAACUUGUUCACUUUUUGAUCUUUGUGGUGACCAGAAAAAAUUUGUUGGAACAAAAAAAGAAAAAACGUGAAAUAAUUUUGAAAACAGUGUUUUAAUAAAUAAUGCGACAUAGAACGAUCUCACGCCAAGCAACGAUGACGACGAGCUCUUCCACCGAGAAUCUUCCACGUGUCCUCAUCGUCAAACGUCCCGCCGCCAUGGAUGUGUUCGGCGACAGAUUCGUGGCCUCCACCAAGUUUGAGAUCUUGAAAGCCUUCGAGUUUCCGCUUCCUCUCCCUGAAUUCUUGGCCAAUCACUCUGACUCCGUCUCCGCCGUUAUAGCCCCUGUAGCUGCUCCCGUCACAGCCGAUCUGAUUCGCCUCCUCCCGAAUCUUCGCUUGGUUGGUACUACCAGCGCCGGUGUUGACCACGUCGACUUAGUUGAGUGUCUUCAUCGAGGCAUCUCCGUCGCCAACGCAGGCUCAAGCUUCUCCGAAGAUGUCGUCAUCGGAAAAAAAUAAUUUUAAGAAGGAGAAAAGUACACUAUAACACUUUUUGUUUCUCUGAUUUUAACAUCUAAUCCCAAAUUCUUCAUUGACUAUGUAAAAUCAAAAGCUCUGUUUAUUUGAUUUUAGAUCUAAGAAGAAGAGAGAAAUAAGGAUGACGAUGGUUGCAUAUAUAUAGGUUUUAUUUUUCA